AUGAUAAGACUAGUAAAACUAUUGUACGAAUCAAUCGAAUGUGCAGUACUCGAUGACGGAACUGAAUCAGAAUGGUUUAGGGUUACAACAGGAGUCAAACAGGGAUGCACAAUGUCAGGCUUUCUGUUCUUACUAGCAAUUGACUUUGUUAUGAAGAAAAUCACCAACAGCGUCCCAACAGGAAUACGAUGGAAAUUCACAACAAAGCUAGAAGACCUAGACUUCGCUGAUGACUUGGCUCUACUUUCCUCCAAAUUCCAACAUAUGCAACAAAAAACGGAGAAACUGAAAGAAAACGCAAGCAGUAUUGGACUGAAAAUAAAUUCAAGAAAAACAAAAGUGAUGAGACUGAAUGCUAGGAUCCAAACACCAGUCAAAAUAGACCAAACAAACAUAGAAGAUGUAGAAACAUUUACAUAUCUGGGUGGAAUAAUUACAUCCAAAGAAGGCAGUGACGAAGACAUCGAUAGCAGAAUAGGCAAAGGCAGAAAUCAAUUUCGCAGACUGAGAAAAAUCUGGACAUCCUCUAUCUUCUCCAUCCAGACUUAA